GAUUUCCGACUCGGGACGCGCUUCUCUGCUCUUUCCUGCGCUUUUCCGUUACGACUGGAAUCUCUCUGUUUGACACCAUCUCCACCUAUAUAAUCAUGACUUCGAUCUUCUGAGUGGAGGAGCAUAUGUGAUGACUCACAUUCCUCUGUAUCUCCUCCUGUUUUCCCCCGUCAUGAAACCCACUUCCUGGGCAACAGAACAGUAAAACCCCCUUUUUUUACAGAGAAAAAUGGUGUUGAAGGCCUUUGUGGAAGGAGGCAUAGCCUCAGUAGUAGCAGGGUGUUCCACUCACCCGCUGGAUCUGAUCAAAGUGCGAAUGCAACUGCAAGGGGAGCUCAAUGUGGGUGCUCCAAAGGGAGGGCCGCUGGCUGUAGGGAUCCGUGUGAUUCAGACCGAGGGUUCCAUGGCGCUCUUUUCUGGGGUUUCUGCAACUAUGAUGCGGCAACUGCUUUAUUCGACUACAAGGAUGGGGCUUUAUGACAUCUUUAAGGAAAAUUGGAAGGAGAAGGGGAGUUCUAACCUUCCCCUGUUUAAGAAGAUCGCGGCGGGUUUGCUCGCCGGUGGCAUUGGGGCCGCUGUGGGAAACCCUGCGGAUGUGGCGAUGGUGAGAAUGCAGGCGGACGGACGGCUGCCUUUGGAGCAGAGGCGGAAUUACAAAAGUGUUGCUGAUGCGGUGGCGCAAAUGGUCAGGCAGGAGGGCGUCACUUCGCUCUGGACUGGUUCGGCUUUGACGGUGCAGAGGGCUAUGAUUGUGACGGCUUCGCAGUUAGCUUCUUAUGACCAGUUCAAGGAGAGCAUUCUUUCGCAUCAUUUAAUGGCGGACGGAAUCGGUACUCAUGUGACUGCAAGUUUUGGGGCCGGAUUUGUGGCCGCCGUGGCUUCGAAUCCUGUGGAUGUCAUCAAGACGCGGAUCAUGAACAUGAAGUCAGAUCCCGGGCAGCCGGCGCCUUAUUCCGGUGCCCUUGACUGUGCUCUGAAAACUGUCAAGGCUGAGGGUCCUAUGGCGCUUUAUAAAGGGUUUAUUCCGACUGUUACCAGACAAGGGCCUUUUACUGUGGUGCUUUUCGUGGUUCUGGAGCAAGUCCGGAAGAUUUUAAAGGAUUUUGAUUUCUAGAUUUUAUCUCAAGAUUUCAAAGGAUUUCUUCAAUUUCUGAUAUUAAUUGACUUUAGUACUCUUCUGUUGUC